UUGACGCCCCACCUCGACAAGUACCCUAACGCAGACCUUCUGUGGUGCCAGGAGGAGCCGCUGAACAACGGCGCGUGGUCGUACGUCGGCCCGCGCAUCCACACCGCGGCGAAGGAGACGGCGCACCAUAAGCGCAAGUACCCGCUCUAUGCCGGCCGCGAGCCUACUAGCUCCGUCGCGACGGGCAGCAAGGCGCAGCACAAGAAGCAGAUUGAGCAGUUCCUUGCGGACGCGUUCGCACCUCGGCCGUGA